AUGGUCCUCGUCGUCGCAGCGUCGCUCGCGAGCUCGUCGGCCGUCGCGCGGCCCCUGGGCGUCGGAUCCUUCGGCGCCGCGCGGGCGCUCGCGGCGCGCGCCAUCGCGGGCCUCUACGGUGUCGGCUUCCUCAUGGCGCUGCGCCAGAACCGCGCGCUCGUCGGGUCACGGGGCCUGUCGCCGGCGACGGCGACGCUCGACCGCGUCGCGACGAGGCAGUCCACGUGGCGGCGGCGCGUCGAGGCCGCGCCGACGCUGCUCUGGUUCUGCUACCAGGGCAAGGAGCUCGACGCGCCGAAGAAGCGCGUGUCGCUCGACGCGGGCCUGGACGUCGUCGCGGCGUCGGGCCUCGCCUGCGCGGCGCCGCUCUUCCUCUUCGGCGCCGGCGGCGGGCCGGGCUGGCUCGCGCUCGCGGGCUGCUACGCGUGCUACCUCAGUUUGGCGACCGUCGGCGCGCCGUUCUACUCCUACGGCUGGGAUUCGCAGCUCCUGGAGACGACGGCGCUCUGCCUGCUCCCGCAAUCGCCGCAGUGGCUCGGCGUGCUCGCGUUUCGCUGGCUCUGCUUCAAGAUCAUGCUCGGCGCGGGCCUGAUCAAGCUCCGCGCGCGGGGGCGCGCGACGGACGGCUGGUUCGACCUGAGCGCCAUGUCCACGUUCUUCGAGACGCAGCCCCUGCCGGGGCCCCUGAGCCGGCGGCUCCACUUCCUGCCCAAGGCCGCGCACCGCUUCGCGACGGCGUCGAACCACGUCAUCGAGCUCUUCGCGCCCGCGUUGUUGCCGUUGGGGCUCGCGCUUUCCUGCGUCGGCGGCGCCGUGGGCGGCCUCGGCCGCGCGGCGACGGCGGGCUACGGCCUCGUCCACAUCCUCUUCCAGGGGGGCCUCGUCGCGUCGGGCAACCUGUCCUUCCUCAACUACCUGACCAUGGUCCCCGCGCUCAUGUGCUUCGACGACGCGUUCCUCGGGAGCGUGGGCCCGGCGGCCGCGGCGCCGUUCCUCCAGCGGACCCUGAUCGACAAUCCGCUCGCGGCGAUGAACUCGACCUUCGACCGCGUCGUCGACGUGCGGCCCGCGUACCGCGCGCUGGGCCUGAGCGACGACGCGCCGCGGCCCGUGAACCUGCGGGCCUUCCGCCUCGCCAACGCCUUCGGCGCCUUCGGGUCCGUCAACGACCGGAAAAACGCGCUGGUCAUCGAGGGCAAACGCGACGGCGAGGACUGGCGCGAGUACGACUUCCGGGCCUUACCCGCGGACCCGACCGCGAAGCUGCGCCAGGUGAGCCCCUGGCACUGGCGCCUCGACUGGCAGCUCUGGAUCUCCGCGUGCCGGGGCAGGGACGCGACGACCGAGCGCUGGUUCCUGACCCUGCUCCACAAGCUCGCGACGAACGACGAGGCGACGAGCUCGCUGCUCAACGAGAACCCCUUCGCCGCCGGCGACCCGCCGAGCCAGGUGCGCGUCUCGCAGUACACGUACAAGUUCGCGCCCCUCGACGACCCCGACGGCCGCGUGUGGACGCGCGAGCAGAGCGGCGUGCUCCUCAAGCCCACGGACGCCGCGAGCCUCAAGGUCGCGCUCGACAAGUAA